AUGACGACCUUUACGAACAUAACGCGCAGCUUUCUAGCACAAUUCACCACACGCAUUGCCAAAGCCAAGCACCCGAUCAAUCUCCUAGGGGUUACCCAAAGAAACAGGGAGCCGACAAGAAAGUAUCUUGACAGAUUCAACGACGAAUGCCUGGAGAUUGAUGGUCUGACUGACUCGGUGGCCAGCCUAUGUCUGACGAACGGGCUGUCAAAUGAAGACUUUAGAAAUCACUCCACCACCAAGCCCGUAUGGACCAUGCAAGAUAUCCAGAACGUGGCAAGAGAAUACAUUAAUGAUAAGGAGCCGACAAGGGCAUCUUGUCGAAACCCCAUCAACUCAAGGACAGAACCGGCUGGGAACAAGAGUCUCUACUGCGACUACCACAAAGGCUUCGGCCACAAAACCCAGGACUGCUUCGAUUUAAAGGAUGCUUUGGAACAAGCAAUUCGCGAAGGAAAACUAACGGAGUUCUCGCAGUUCAUAAGGGAACCCAAGAGGAGAGAGUGUGAGCGAUCCGACGACGACAAAAGUCAAGCUGUGAAGCCGAGACAAGAGCCCGACGAAGACAACGACUGCGGCCUCACUAUCGUUAAUGUCGUAGUCGGAAGAGACACAGCCCCAAGGUCAAAGUCGGCAACAAGAAAAGACGCCGAGAUUUUGGCCGUAUCAUCAAGUAACCAUGGAACCACGUUCGGGAAAGCUCCAAGGAUAUCAUUUGGACCAGAGGACCAAUGGUCCCACGACAUCCCGGAGAACCUACCUAUGGUGAUCACGCCAACAGUCGGAACAGGCUUGGUCAAGCGAAUCCUCGUGGACACCAGAGUCGACUCCAACAUCAUGUUCAAGAACAUCUUCGACGCCCUGAGUUUCCGAGAAAUUGAUCUAAAAACCCAUCAUCACGGAGUGGUCGGCCUAGGGGACAACUUCAUAAAGCCCGACGAUGUAGUCUCCCUCCCAAUUCGCAUCGACGGAGGAAGAAGUAAGAGGUCAGUAAUGGCGGAGUUUGUCGUCCUAAGGGACUCCACGGCUUACAAUGUCAUCUUAGAGUGA